GGAAAACCUUAUCAAACUUGUUCCUUUCAUCUCACUAACUCUAGAGCUUUCUUUGGAGCCAUCUUCCAACACUCAUGUGUUUCCUAUUCAUUUUGGCCUUUCUCGGGGUUAGGCUGUAACAGAAUACAAUUACUACACAAUGAGAAUGCAAAACUGACAAAUCUGUAUUCCGAUCGUGAUGCACUGUGAAAAGGUAGUUUUCAGAAUUUUUGGAAAUUCUGUUCUCUUCGGCUCGGCUCGGUUCGGUUCGGUUCGGUUCGGUGUCACUUUGUGCUCCGUUUGUUUUGGCGUGAGGUUAACAUUACUUCCAUCCGCGUAUCGAUCCGAUAUCUUCAGUCAGUGAGAUGGAUUCUCACACUCGUCUAAUUCAUUGUUUAGAAUACUUGAGUAGGUAUUAGGUACUUAUUGCUUUAUUCGUCUAAUUUGUUUGUUUUAUUUGUUUCUGAUAAGCAUAUUAUUCUGAGUUCAAAGCAAAGUGAUAUACUGCAUAUACUGCACCGGUAUUGAUCUUUUUUUUUUUUUUCUCUCUGUACAAGUCAUAGAUCAUCCAGAUGUAUUAACGAUACAGUUUGUUUAAACAGCUUGAUUCCUAGUGCGUUCACGUUGAUACCUGGCGAGUCGACGUAAAGAGGAAAAUUGUGUUAGCAUAUUCGCCACCCAGCAGAAAGAACGAAAACGGCAGAUCGUUAACGCUGAGGAACAGCGUCUGUAUUAAAAUUACAUCAUAUUUAACCCUUAUCCAGAGCGACUUACAUCGAUCUCAUUUAUACAUGCGAGAACUCGAGGAUUAGGGGCCUUGCUCAAGGGCCCAGCUGCGACACCUCAGUGGUGCUGGGAUUUGAACUCGCAACCUUCCGAGCAGUAAUCCAACGCCUUACACGCUGAUCUACACCUGUCCCUUUUACAGGACGAAUCGUACUACGAAUUAUAAGUGCAGUAUGGUGGCACGUGUACAACGAUGUCAGAGCACAGCUUUUUUUUCUUCUUUCUUUUCUUUCCAGAAGCAUUCUAAAUGUAUUAUGAAUAAGUUCCUAUUUAUAUAUUGUAACAGAAUACAUUACUAACAAUACAAUGCCCAAUUUUUCAGAUUUUCUUCUCUUUCUCAUGUUUUGAGGUUCUGAUUUGUAGGUAAAUGUGGCGUUUCUCUCUUAUCUCUUGAUCUUCCGUCAGUUUUAGUUCUCAGACUUUUAGUUCUCUUUUUAUGAACUAUAAAGAACGUCUAAACGAAUACAGAAAUAACUGCUCUCUGUCCUCUCAGGUCUGUGUGUUCAGGCUGCACACCCAUCAGUGGUGUUUCCUGCUCUGUAAUGUUGUGCUGUUCCACGCGCUGUUGUUCGGUGGUGACAUCGUGGAAGAGUUCCUGCUCCAGUCUUCUCCAGCAGCUUAUACCGACCGUGCUGUACUUGAGCUCCGUGAGCGUGCACGCAAGCUGGAUCUGAGCAAUACCUUGCCCAACUCCUCACAGAUUUACCCAAUUAGCUCCAAGCCCUGUUUUAAUCACCAAGACCUCCUUUUCCUCACUAUUGUGUUCAGUGACCCAGAUAAUGCCAGCCAGCGAGAGGCAAUCAGAAGCUCGUGGGCCAAUCAGACUUUGGUGCAGGACGUGGCAGUACGGACGCUGUUCUUUCUAAAUCCAUCCUCCGUGGAGACAGAGCAUCAGGUGGUGCGGGAAGAGUCUGUCCGUUAUGGCGACAUGGUACAGUGCGAAGGGCCUUUGUCACGAGAUCACUGGGGCCAGGUCAAGCUAGCUCUGCGUUGGGUUCUGCUUUUCUGUCCGCAAGCCCGAUUUGUGGUUUUGACAGAGGAUUCGGUUUUUUUAAACGUUCCAGCACUUGGCACCUACUUGCUUACGCUCCGUACCCACCCUGACGACCUGUACCUGGGCAGGGUCAUUCAUAAUGCUUCACCUGAACGAAAUUAUAACAAACCCCACUAUGUCUCCUUCCACCUCUAUCCAGACCGGUCUUUCCCCGAUUACUGCUCUGGCCCUGCCUUCCUGAUGUCGCAGGACGUAGUGCGUAAAGUUUACGUGGCCUCUAAGGAUGUAGCUCUGGCUCUCCCAUCAGAUGUCUUGAUCGGACUGUGCGCAAGAGCAGCGGGCGUUGUGGCUACUCAUAGCGCACGCUUUUCUGGAGAACGUCACGUGCGCUAUAACCCCUGCUGCUAUAACUUCCUGUUCACCUCAGCCUCAGUGGACGGAGAACUGAUGGGCAUGGCCUGGAGAGAUUUGGGCAAGGGAAGAGGGCGGCACUGCAGCAUGUUACAAACCUAUUAUAGUUUGGUAGUGUGCAAGGCCAUGACUUACCUGAACGGUGUCAAUUUUCUCAGUGGAAACGAUACAAAAGGGUAAAUAUCUCCAUUUAAAUGUUCAUAUCUAAUAUAGCCUUGA